GUUUUCAUAGCAUAAAAUUGACAUGAUCGUGUUAAACAGGUUUUGACGAAUAGUUAUAAACACAACAUGUAUACAUCUAUCUAUACAUAGUUCAAUGCUGGUUUCAAAUUCAUAAGCAUAUCGAUACGCAUAUACAAAUCAAAGUCAAUGUUGAACGAACCAAACUGCGCAGUGUUUUGGUGUGCUUUAGCGGUGCACACAAAUACCUUUACAAUAGACCGAAAGCAGCAGUAGCAGCCGCAGCAGCACAUCGAUGACGAUAAUGCGAGAGAGUACGAACCAUUCUCCGCAUGAUACACACAGUACACACUCCGCAUAUACUACGGCAUACGGACAGACGAAUGUGCGAAAAAGAGAACGAAACACACGUUACAAAUACACCAUCACAUACAUCGACUCUCAAUUCAUCCAGCUAAGAACGGACCAACGUUAUUUCACACGAAUAGACAUUUGAGAAGACUCUCUACCAAACAAAGCUACAAGUGAAUGAUAGUCGAAGUUGAAAAAAAUGUAACAAGCUGACGGAUUUGUAUCAAUCAAAUGUACGUUUUUCGUAUCGAAGGUUCAAGUAAAGACGAAUUAGAGUGAAAAAAAGUGGUUUUUUUAAUAAUUGAAUUUCAAAUUUUCGAGUGGGUUGAGUUAUAUUUGUUAUGUUAUUUUAGUGACAUUUUUCUAUUUUGCAAAUUGAUUGGAAAAUUGCAAAAUUAGUGAACAAAGUAAAUAUUCGUUCUCUUUGAAUUUGUGUGAAUUAUUCUAUUCUAAUAAGAUCGAUGCCAGCAAGAGCCUUAUCCAUAAUUGAUUAGAUUUCGAAUAAUAAUCGUUGCUUAAUGCUAAUGCGUGUGAAAUUUGUGGGUUUUAAAAUACAGGCUAGGACAAUAUCAUUUGUAACAUAUGUUGUGUUUGAAGAUGAUUUCCAAAUCGAUUCCACCUGUUAGGUUUUUUUUGUUUGUUUGAGCCAAGCAUUCGGAUCAUAAUCAGUAAAUAGCUAAAAUUCAAUGUAAAUUAAUUGAAGGCGAAAGAAGAAAAGAAAAAAAAACAGCGAUAUUUAUUAGGUGUUUGUUAUCGUGUAAUCGUAAACUGCGUUCAUUUUGUGUGUGAAUGUGUGAGAAAUAUGCUAAACGGCACGGUAGCUUUGACGGCCAACUAGAACAGGUAGAUGAUUGAAAUGAUGGAAAAAAACAUAUGAACAUUGUGAAAUUGAAAGAAAACGAAAAAGCAUUCAUCGUCCAACUAUAGAACAUGGUUACCUUCAUUUGCGCGGAUUGUGUUAAUUUUUUGCGAAUGCAAAAAAAGCCCACCGUAAUGAGCAACUCAUACGUUGAUGAGCAACAAGCAAAUGAAGAAUUCGGCCUUUGACGUCAUUGCGAAUUACUACGAGGAUAAUGUAUAUAGAAUGCAUACGCGCGCAAAUACAGACACAGACACACAUUGUGGUUGGCACCGUUUGGAGAAAAUGACAAGUUGUUACAGUAUCACACACUUGUCUUGCUCCUUCAACAACCAACACCUAGCGCUUGAAAAGCGUUAACCAUUUUCAAUAUAGUGUCCGAUCGGAGUGCGGCGAAUGUAUUAUACAGCGGGUUUUCCCCCAAACCCACCCGAUUCGAUUUACUUCAAUGGAAAAAAAAGAAUCGACUAGAAUCAAUUCGGUGUAUAACACUGACUGAUUUUUGUCAUGAGCAUCGUUUUGUUGUAUUGAUUGAUAACUGAGGCGAAAAAAAACGAGAGUAAACACAAACAGAGUCUCCCCCUUUUGGGAACAUCAAGUUGGCUAUAUAUCAAAUUUCAAUUGCAUCACAUCAAAGAUGAUCGAAGCAUUCCAUAUGGUGUCGUUGGUCAGCAUAUUGCUAGUUGUAAUAUUUGUGCAUACAUCGCAAGCUUUAAUUGAGAAUGCUGUCGGACGAUUCCCAUUUUUAAUGCCAAAUGUGCAUCCAUAUCGGUCGGAGCUUUACUUAUGUACGCCAAUCAGAGUCGACUACAGCAACAACUAUUUCAUCGUUGGAUUCGAGCCGAACGCAACCAUGAACACAGCCCAUCACAUGCUACUGUACGGAUGCGGUGAGCCGGGCACGGUAAAUCACGUAUGGAAUUGCGGUGAGAUGGCUGCUCGCGGUGAGGAUGAUACGCAUGAGGUGGCUAGUCCUUGUGCGCAAGGCUCGCAUUCACAGAUCAUUUAUGCAUGGGCCCGUGAUGCGCCCAAAUUGGAGCUACCCGAAGGAGUUGGAUUCAAAGUAGGCAAAGACUCACCAAUCCAAUAUUUAGUGCUGCAAGUACAUUAUAUGCACAAGUUUCAAGAUGGAAUAACAGAUGACUCGGGAAUUUUCCUCCACUACACCAAACAAUUACUAAACAAACAAGCUGGUGUUUUGUUGCUGGGGACAGCGGGUAUGAUACCACCAUAUUCCGUUGAGCAUAUGGAAACCACAUGCACCAUUGAUGAACCGAAAGUAAUUCAUCCGUUUGCAUUCCGUGUGCACACCCAUUCGUUGGGCAAAGUUGUGUCUGGUUUUCGCAUACGCGAUGGAAAAUGGACAUUGCUAGGUAAACGUGAUCCAAUGAAACCGCAAAUGUUUUAUCCAGUCAAUACCACCGAACCAAUUAUGUUUGGCGACACAUUGGCGGCCCGUUGUACAAUGCAUAGCAACCGAAAACGGCUCACAUUCAUUGGAGCGACAAAUGAAGAUGAAAUGUGUAAUUUCUAUUUGAUGUAUUAUGUGGAGAAUGGUGAUCCAUUGAGUCGAAAAUACUGCUUUGGCUCUGGUCCACCGAAAUACUACUGGCGAAACGAUGAAAGCCUACAGAAUAUCCCCGACGAAGAGGCCAGCCAGUUGGAUGAUUAGAGUGAAAAUAGAAGGAAACGCACACAAACAAACCAAGUGCACACAAGUCACGUACCCAUUUUUAUUUGUGUUAGUGAAGAGAGAGUGAGAGAGAGAGAAAAAAAAGAGAAUUGUGUAAAUAUUUCGUUUAGAUGAAUUUAAAUUAUCAUUGUGUUUUAUACCAUCUCAACCGAUUCCUUCGCAUCUCAGUUUGAAGGAGACAAAAAAAAAACUGAAAUUUUAUGACAAAUUGAAGGAUCUGAUUUUAAUGGGCAUUCGAAUGUUGGCACACAAACAGAUUGAUAGGAUAUUUUAUAGGCAUGGCAAAUGACAAAUGCAUAGCAUUUUCUCUCUAUUUUAUUUUCUUAUUUCCAACUUUUUCACAUGACUUAUUGACUUUGCACGCAUGUAAAAUAUGCUUAAUUGUCCAACAACAACAAAAAACGUUCAAACAAACUGCACAACAAAUUGAGUUUUUGUUUUCACUUUUGCAAUUUGUUUUUGUUUCACUUGAUUUGAAUAAGACGAUGUUUCUUGUUGGUCUUGUGUUUUUUAGCACAAAACAAAAUCACUUUUCGAUUUGACGUGCAACAGAUAACUAGUUAUUUAUCAGAAGAAAAAGAAAAUGAUGUUAUUUUUGUAAGAGAAAAGAAAAAUCCAACUAUAGAAACAGAUUUAUAUAUAUUGAGAGUCAGAGAGAAUAAAUAUUAUGGAUAGAAAACAAUAUGAGCGGCAUAAUGACCAAAAUGUGAAGAGUACAAAAUGUUCAAAUGGAAUGUAUAUGAAUGGAUUUAUUUUUCUGUUGCAAUUAUGAUGAGCAAAAAAAAAUCGAAUAGCGGCCAAAACACAACAGAUAGAUAGAUAGAUGAUGAUGAUGACGAUGACGAUGACGACAAAAGUUUAUUUUUCUAAUGAGCACAUAUUUAUAUUGACAAACAGUACUGAACACAAUAUCAAUACUUACGGGUACAAUAGAAGAAACAAGAAGCCAUUUUUUUGUUUGUCUUCUUUUUUUCUCUCCUGAAUUUGAAACCAUUUAAGUUUGUCUGCGAGUGAGUUUUUAGUUGCGAUUUUUCAGUUUAUCAGUCAGAACAUUUGUCAAAUGGAUUAAAUUUUACUGUGGAUGUUCAAUAGAACAAUUUGUUCUAAUGUGCUGUCGUCAAAUGGACACACCUACACAUAUCCAACCAAAAAAAAAAACGGAGUCAUUUCAUUAUCAAAAACUAUGUACAGAAAUCAACAUUGGAAGAGCAAUUCUUCUUACUCCCCAUCAGCUCAUUUAAUUUGAAUACAAACACACAAACAAAAUGAAGGAACGACAUUUCAAUACAAAUUGCCCAUCAUGUUUCAUCAAUUAAUGGACUUAAAAAUACAUGACUUUUUUCCAUUACCAUCCAAAUCUAUGUACUUACUACAUCAUGAAUAAACGUGAAAAACAAUUAUAAAAAAAAAA